AUGUCUCAAUCAUACAGAAAAACUGUUGAAUUAUUUACAGAAACAGUUAAUGCUCGUCAUGUUAAUCAUCUUGAUAAAGUUUUAGAAGAAAAUGUUGAAAAAAUCGAAAAUUGCAAAGUUGUUUAUAAAAAUAUUGGAGAAGCUCGUGAAUAUUAUUCAAUGGAACAUGAAGCUCAUCCAUCUGCUAAUUUUCUUGUUAGUCAAUUUGGAGAAGAAGAUAAUAAUAAUAAUACAUUAACAGCUAUUGUUAAUUAUAAUAAACAUAAUUAUGAUACAACAUAUACAUUUUCAUCUGCAGGAAAAAUUCUUAAAAUUAAAUCAAAUAUUAUACAAUAA